CGGGGAUCCUGCCUUGCAGUCACACCUAGGCCUGUAUAAAGUGGUCCCCGAGGGGUGGGGGCCCUUCGCUAGGGCAGCGGGCUAGGGCCUUCCCCCACCCCUGGAGAGCGGCACGGAUGCUGUCCAUCGUCCUGCCGCACCGAGGCGGCCAGGGCUCAGCUUGGGCUCUGUACAAGUCAUAUUCUUGCAGGACUGCUGGUCGGGAAACGUGGCAGUUUCCACUUUCACAAAUUAAUCAAACCUAGCACCAAAUAUUGCCACAGGUUGAAUUUGGUACGAGGACGAGUGUCAUUGCAGUGGAUACCUGGUCAGGAGAUUAGUAAAUUAUCCCGGGAAACGCCAGAAUGGAAGUGUCAAUGCCCCUGCCUCAGAUAUAUGUAGAAAAAACCCUAGCCCUUAUCAAGCCAGAUAUUGUUGACAAAGAGGAGGAGAUACGCGACAUUAUUCUCAGAUCUGGAUUCACCAUCAUUCAGAGACGAAAACUACAUCUGAGCCCUGAGCACUGUAGUAACUUUUAUGUGGAACAGUACGGGAAAAUGUUUUUCCCAAACUUGACAGCUUACAUGAGUUCUGGACCUCUUGUUGCUAUGAUAUUAGCUAGACAUAAUGCCAUCUCUUACUGGAAAGAACUUCUGGGACCAGCUAAUAGCUUAGUAGCCAAGGAGACACACCCGGACAGUCUAAGGGCGAUCUACGGUACAGAUGAGCUUCGGAACGCCCUUCACGGGAGCAACGACUUCGCUGCCUCGGAAAGAGAGAUUCGGUUCAUGUUUCCAGAAGUGAUUAUCGAACCCAUUCCAAUUGGACAAGCUGCUAAGGACUAUUUAAACUUGUAUGUAACGCCAACCCUACUUCAAGGACUCACAGAGCUUUGUAAGCAGAAACCGGCAGACCCUUUUAGUUGGCUAGCUGAUUGGCUGCUGAAAAAUAAUCCCAACAAACCUAAACUUUGUCAUUUUCCAAUAGCAGAAGAGGAGUCUUAGUGUACUCUGUAAGACAAGUGGACUAGGGAUUGAACCCAGGGUCUCAUGUGCCACAGCCAGCAUCUA